AUGUUGUUUUUGCUUCUCUUGGCAACUGCAUGUGCAGCCCCAAAUGGACCGAGAUUUCCUCAGUGUAAGAGAACUGAAUGGUUUGAGUGUGUGCCUUUCACAGGCAAGCCGACAGGGCUUGCCUCUGUCACAGGUGUAUGUGUCGUGUGUGAUGUCCUGAAUGAAGAUGGUGCUUCUAGAAGCCCUUUCAUUUUUCCAGCUGGGGCAGAGGAAGUGGCAAUAAGAGGAUACCCAUUCCAUGCCCUGUCGGCUGAGAAACUGGCACAGCUUGACAGUUCGGAGAUCGACACCUUAGCUUUGAUAGAUGCAAAAAUCGUUGAUGUGAAGAACAACACCUUCUCUGAGUUUUCGGGGCUUCGAAAAAUGAGCCUUGAUUCUAACAGGUUAGCAGAUGUCAAACUGACCUGGUUCACUGGCUUAGGGAGUCUCUUGACGCUGAUUUUGUCCAACAACAACAUUAAGUACAUAGAGCCAGGGAGCUUCAAGGACCUAACGCGCCUACGUAUCUUGGAUCUGGAAAACAACCUGUUACAGGCUGUAGAUCAAGCCUGGCUUAGUGGAUUAGGAGGAAGUACGAUCCUGAAUCUGAGGUCGAAUGCGAUCAAUAGUAUUUCCCCCGGAUCAUUCAAAAGCCUUCAGCUGACCUGGUUAGACCUGAGGGAUAAUAAGCUGUCAUGUUUGGACAAAGACGUGUUGUGGGGACAGCCUUGGCUGUCACGUUUUCAUGCCAGCAGUCGUGUGUUGUCGUCUGUUCAUGAUGCAAUGCCUCAUGGAACGAUAUGGGGGCUAGAUCGGUUAAAACAUUUUCUCAGAGGGUCAGUAACAAUGGUUGUUGAGGUGGCUAACUUUCACCUCUGUGUCAGACAAACUGCUAAUGAACUCUUCUUUGGGUGGGUGUUAAAUUCAACAGACAAUGUGAUGGGUGGCAUCGAUUUUAGUGUGGUCAAUAUCAACCCUGGUAGAUCAUGUGGUGAUUUGGACAGUUUUCUGAGCACGAUCUCCAUACAGGCCCCUACUCUUGUUCUUGCUUCCGACGGCUCUCUGGCAGACAAACUGAACACCAACACGCCUGAGCAGUGCAGGCAGGUUUGGGAACAUGAUGGUGGCAUUACAGUGCCCCUGGUGGGAAACUCAAUCUUCCGAAUGGCUUCCAUGUCUUCAGGGAACACAACCUCUGAAGCUGUUGGCAUGUCGUUUGUCCAGAUACCAGACCAGAGCACACACACCACCACAGAGCCUGGCAACCAAAAACACACCACACACACACAUAUUACCCAUGAUAACACAAAAAACAUAACAUGCAUUAUUCUAAGUAGGGGUCAAGUCACGAAGUUGUAUUUCACCGUUCCUUUGAUCAAAAGCCAGACCCGCACAACAAAAAGCUCUUACAGAUUAGUCACUAACCGAUCAAGCAGCCCGACAUACUAUUUAGAAACUACAGAGAAAGGCUACACAUCUUUAAAACCAAGAUACCAGUCUACCCUCCAGAUGAGUUCCACAACUGGACAAGAUCUAGAGGUGGCUCAGUCACCAGAUCAUGUUCUCAUCUCAAUUAUUGUCUCGGCAGCGGUUGUUCUGGUCAUGUCGUUCCUUGCAGUGUUGUUGUGGAAAGUGCGUGCAGCAAGGUUAAACUCUGAAGAUGACAGGGCCAGCGAUGAUACACACGCUUGGACAAUACCCCCCGGUGUUGCCUUCCCAGGCUUACUGAGGUCUGCUUCCUUACCAACAUACUCAGGCAACAUGGCGUCGGAUGACGCAGCAUCUUGUAGGUCAUUGCCCGCCGUCCUGCAUUCCAUCGAACCUACUUACAGCGAGAUCCCAGAUGACGUAGCUUGUGCUCAUCAGGGGGAACUACAUGGCCUCCAAGAUGUAUCUGUCCCAACACAUACCUACAGUGAGAUUCCAGAUGAUGACGCUACCGGACCCAUUCCUUUCUGUUCUGAUGCCGCGUUUCCGCUUCAUGUCGUCACAAACUGUCGACAGAACCGACGACUCCUUGCGGGCAACCGUAUUACUUCCAGCAGGCAACGGUCUGGAAGAUCCAUUGCCACAUAUGGAUCGACUGGGCAGGCCAACGACCAGCGAAAUCCCUAUUACAGGAACGCCUCCCUGGUCCAAGGUAUAAGAGCCCGUAGACAGCUGAGGACAGCUCAGGUAUCCCGGCCUGACCAAGGUGUGGGGACGUACGUCAACGUCAUGGAUGGAAUCAUGCCCACUUACUGGCCAUUGCAGGUCCCGGGGGGAACCCGUUACACAGCACGGCGUGUGUCCCUUCCCGAUGUUACACUACCUAACACCUACUGGCCAUGGGAGAUCCCAGGGGAGGGAACCUGUAACACAGCACGGCGUGCGUCCCUUCCCACCGUCACACUACCUAACACCUACUGGCCAUGGGAGAUCCCAGGGGAGGGAACCAGUAAAGCUAAGCUUAACACAGCACGGCGUGCGUCCCUCCCCACCGUCACACUACCUAACACCUACUGGCCAUGGGAGAUCCCAGGGGAGGGAACCCGUAACACAGCACGGCGUGCGUCCCUCCCCACCGUCACACUACCUAACACCUACUGGCCAUGGGAGAUCCUAGGGGAGGAAACCCGUAACACAGCACGGCGUGUGUCCCUCCCCACCGUUACACUACCUAACACCUACUGGCAAUGGGAGAUUCCAGGGGGAGAAAUAGUUAACACACCAUAA